AUGUCAGGUCAAGAUUAUAGCGAGGAGCAGAGGCUGGCUGCUUAUUACCGUCAGCAAGGAUACGAUGAAAAGACCAUCGCGCAAAUGACAGCGUCCAGUUCGUCCGGUUCGACAAGCUACACCAACGGGUAUUCUGGAGCAGCUGGUGGGGCCAGUGCCGUAGGACAACCGUAUCAUCAACCUGAUACGACUCAACAUGCUGCCAUGCCUGCAUCGGUAGCUCGACAGAUUUUCGACUCGGAUCUCAGUCAACAGUCUUCAGCUUAUGGCAUGGAUGGGCAAUUGAAUGUCCUUGGAGGACCGAGUAGCGGACCUUCGAAACCAGUCAGGAGACCCGUUGCACCGGGUCAAAAGAGGGAGACGGUGAUUCGAAAAGGGAACGGAAGGACGUGGGAGGAUCCGACAUUGAUAGAUUGGGAUCCCAAAUGGUUUAGAUUGUUUGUCGGUGACGUCUCAAACGAUGUCAGUGAAAGGACCCUGGAUGAAGCUUUCAACAAAUAUCCAAGCUACUGCAAGUCCAAGGUCGUGAGGGACAGACUCAGUCUAAAGGCCAAAUACGGGUUCAUCGCCUUCAAAGAUCCGGAAGAUUUCUUACGCGCCUGGAAAGAGAAUGACGGUAAAUAUAUCGGGAAUCGACCCAUCAAACUCAGUAAAGUCAAAGACGACAAGUACGGCACGAUCGAGACCGUUCAAGUUGGAGCUCGAAAAGCCAAAUACCUCGAUCAAGUCAGGAAGAAUCAUGGCAAGCCAUUGGACGGUCGACCAACUCCUUGGUAG